AUGUGGAAGCCACCAACAGCCCUGCUGGUGGCAGUUCCUGCUAAUGUCAUAUUUACCUUCUUCUAUUCCAGUUGUGUCGGUGUGGAAGAGGAAGAGGCACCAGAUAUCGACAUCUAUCAUUGCCCAAAUUGUGAGAAAACCCACGGAAAGUCGACCUUGAAAAAGAAAAGAAAUUGGCAUAAGCAUGAUACUGGCCAGACAACAGAGGUGAAGCCUGUGCAGAACGGGAGCCAGGUCUUUAUAAAAGAGCUCCGAAGUCGGACGUUUCCCAGCGCUGAAGAUAUUGUGGUGAAGGUCCCAGGCAGCCAGCUAACACCAGAGUAUUUGGAAGAGAAUGGCUUUGCAGAGCCCAUCCUGGUGCCCAAGAAGGACGGGCUGGGCCUGGCUGUGCCCGCUCCCACCUUCUACGUCAGCGACGUCGAAAACUACGUCGGCCCGGAGCGGAGUGUUGAUGUCACUGAUGUCACCAAGCAGAAGGACUGCAAGAUGAAGCUCAAGGAAUUUGUGGAUUACUAUUACAGCACAAACAGGAAAAGAGUCCUUAAUGUCAUCAACCUGGAGUUCUCUGACACCAGGAUGUCCAGUUUUGUAGAGCCUCCUGACAUUGUAAAGAAGCUGUCCUGGGUGGAAAACUAUUGGCCUGAUGAUGCUCUGCUGGCUAAACCCAAAGUGACCAAGUACUGCCUGAUCUGUGUGAAGGACAGUUACACCGACUUCCACAUAGACUCUGGAGGAGCCUCUGCCUGGUACCACGUGCUCAAGGGAGAAAAGAUAUUUUAUCUCAUCAAACCAGCCCCUGCAAAUAUUUCUCUGUAUGAACGCUGGCAGUCAGCAGCAAACCACAGUGAGAUGUUUUUUGCAGACCAAGUGGAUAAAUGUUACAAAUGCACCGUUAAACAAGGCCAGACACUCUUCAUCCCAUCAGGUUGGAUUUAUGCAACUCUAACACCUGUAGACUGCCUGGCCUUUGCAGGACAUUUUCUACACAGUCUAAGCGUUGAAAUGCAGAUGAGGGCAUAUGAAGUAGAAAGACGGUUGAAAAUUGUCAGUCUGACCCAGUUUCCAAACUUUGAAACAGCGUGUUGGUACAUGGGGAGGCAUCUACUAGAGAAAUUCAAAGGUUUGCAUAAAGCUGGACAGCAACCUCCUGCUCAUCUACUCCAAGGAGCAAAGAUUCUCAACGGUGCUUUCAGGUCAUGGACUAAAAAACAGGCUUUAGCAGAGCAUGAAGAUGAACUACCAGAAAACUUCAAACCAGCACAACUCAUCAAGGACCUUGCCAAAGAAAUAAGAUUAAGUGAGCCUCCCAAAACACCGAAAGUGAAGGGAGAAGGCAAAAAGAAAGGAAAGAAGGCAAAGGAGAGUCCCCCACCAGCCAUCCCCAACCUCGACUUGCUGGAGGCACACACCAAGGAGGCUCUGACCAAGAUCAAGACGCCAAAGAAGGGGAAGGCUGCAAAGAAUGUUCUAAGUGUUCCCAAUAAGGAAUCUGCAAGCAAGCAGAAUGAGGUGGAGAAAUUUGAAGUCCGAGAGCAAAAUAAAAGCAAAACAGAAGCCAAAUGGAAAUAUAAGAACAGUAAACCUGAUUCACUUCUAAAAAUGGAAGAGGAACACAAAUCAGAAAAGACACCUUUAUCAGGAAAUAAGGACAACAAAUUUACAUUCUCUUUCUCUAAUAAGAAGUUGCUUGGUUCAAAGGGAGUCAAAACCCAGCUGAAUACUAGUGUGUUUGGGUCACUGCAGAAUUUUAAGGAAGACAAAGCCAAACCUGUACGGGAUGAAUAUGAAUAUGUGUCAGAUGAUGGUGAACUAAAAAUUGAUGAGUUUCCAAUCAGAAGGAAGAAAAACACUUCAAAAAGAGAACUGCCCUUUUUAUCAGAUAAAAAAGACACCCUGCAGCACACUCCUGUUAAGAAGCCAAAGGUGGAGUCGGUACCAUACAAGAGCGAGGACUCGUCAGAUGAAGAUUUGCUUCACAUUGACACCGAGGCAAAGCCGGGACGUAAUUCCAAAGUAAAGAAAGAGAGUGGAAGUUCAGCAGGAAUUCUUGAUCUUUUGCAGGCAAGCAAGGAAGUUGGGGGUUUAGAGUAUAACACCAACAGCCAGCCACCUGCUUCCCCCAGCACCCAGGAAGCCAUCCAGGGCAUGCUCUCCAUGGCAAACCUCCAGGCCUCGGAGUCCUGCCUUCAGACGUCGUGGGGCACCAACCAGGCGAAGAACAACUCCAUCUCCAUGCAAAACUCCAAAAAAGCAGGCGGCGGCGGCAACAAGAACGCCGGGAAGCGGUUACUGAAGAAAAGCACAAAGAACAGCCUCGACAUCGAGGAUUACGAUGAGGAUCAGGACCACUUGGACGCCUGCUUUAAGGACUCGGAUUACGUUUACCCUUCUCUCGAAUCAGAUGAAGAUAAUCCAGUUUUCAAAUCCCGAUCAAAGAAAAGGAAAAGUUCAGAUGAUGCCCCUUACAGUCCGACGGCACGAGUUGGCCCCUCAGUGCCUCGACAGGACAGGCCGGUGCGAGAGGGCACGAGAGUCGCCUCCAUCGAAACCGGACUCGCCGCUGCCGCCGCCAAGUUGUCACAGCAGGAGGAACAAAAAGGCAAGAAGAAAAAAAAUACCAAAAAGAAGCUGUCAGCCCCCAACGCAAGCAAAGCGGCUCAGGAAGGCAGCUCGCCCGAGCCGAAGCUGGAGUCACAGGCCAGCAGCCUCACAGAUCACGAGUACACCGCAGGGGCCAGCACCUUUGGGGUCGCCCAGCCUAACAGGGGAUCGCAGCCGAUGGCACCCGGUGUUUUCCUCACACAGAGGAGACCCUCUUCAUCCUCGCAGAACAAUGCCUCCGCCAAAGGUACCAGGAAACGCCGGGGGUUGUGGUGCAGGAGUGGGGAAGGGUGAAGCCAUCGUGUAACCCGUGCCUUUUGCAGGGCCUUCACACGCCGUGUGUGCUGUGGGGGUGCAGAAGUGCAGACGUUUGGAUGCAGGUCAGAUCCAGUCAGAGAUAGGGCCCAUGGCCUUGGCUGUCCUGGCAUUGGGGCCAAAGAGGUGUUUUGCUCCUGGGCUGUUGGUUGCAGGGUGUGAGGCAUCCCAUGUCAGGAGCUCUGCUGAGCAUGGCCUGAGCUCGUGAGGAACACCCACAGUGUCACAUCCCAGUCCAGCCUGUCUGGCAAAGCCUUGUCUGGGGAAAGAGGAGGCUGUUCUGUUCAGAGUAGGGCAGCACUGUGGUGGUGGCAGGGGUUGUACACCACCCUGUGCUGACUGUACCUGAGGACACUCCUCCCAGGCUGUGUGAGGCAGGGCACACUGCAGAUCUCUCUGGAGAGUUGCCUCAAAGGAGCAGAGGAAUAGCAAACCUUGGGAGUAACACAGGUUGCAGGAAGA